GAAAUGGCGGCUGUGGCCGAGGGGUGUCCGGGGAGCAGCGGUGGAGACACUUUGCAUUUCUCUAUCUUCAGACUUAGGAGUUUGAGGAAGUUUUUACACCUUUCUCUGCCCCUCGCCCUGGGUGCCCAUUGCUGCCGCAGGAGCCUGCUUGAUGGGCAUGGCCGGGAUGGAGAGUCCGAAACUAGAGGACGGCGGAGCUGCCCCACUGGUCACCGCCAGUGAGCGCCUUGUCCCAAACCACCAGGGUGACCUCCGCAAGGAAGAUAUUGCUGUUGGGUUGGAAAGAAUGGAAGAGGAGGAGAAGCAAACAGUGAUAAGCAGCAGCAGUGAGUGUAACCCCUUGCUGCAAGAAUCCAUUGGCUCUGCUCAGUCUGGUGAUGUUGCAAUGACAGAAUGCCGUAAGUCUGCCCCGUGUGGAUGGGAAAGUUUUUUUUUGAAGCAACGGUUAUCUGGAAAAACAGCGGGAAGAUUCGAUGUGUACAUUAUCAGCCCCCAAGGACUGAAGUUCAGAUCCAAAAGUUCACUUGCUCGUUAUCUUUGCAAACAUGGAGAGACCUCUCUUACACUCGAAGACUUUGAUUUUACCGUACCUUCUAGAAGGGGCAUCAGAUCAACACGCAAAGACUGCAGCUUGGCAGCCCCGGCAUCCCAACUGCAGAGCGAAAGUCACAGUGCAGGACGGAGUCCCAGGACACGAAGCAGGUGGAAAAAGGAUGUGUCUCCUCUGCCGAGCAGUCGCUCAGAGUUGCAGGAUAGCAGAGAACCUUCUGGCUUCAGUUCCACGCAUUUGCCUUUGAGAAAAGAUGAGGGUAUUAAUGAUACUAAGCGUGGGAAGGUUAGAAAGUCCGAAAGGAAAGCGACUUCCUUGAAAGCACCUCAAAAUAAAAAACACAAAGGAGGGUGCAGGAAGAGCCGCUCGGACGCCAUUCGGAGUGACAGAAGACGAUCUGGGUACAGUGACACAGCGGCCGACCGUGGCCCUGCUGUACAAGACAACCAGCUUGAGCAAACGCCCUGCCUUUCCGAUGCCAGAACAAGUGACGAGACCCUCCACGUGACCCCUGAAGAAAAGAGCCUUAUAAAGGAAAACUCGUUGGGCUCAGAAUCACAUUUUCAUUUCGAACCAAUAACUUCUGGCCUCAUGCGAUGGACCCAAGAAGCAGAACUCAGCGAGAAGCAUGAGGAUACCUUUUUAGAUGCAAAGGAAGUCAGAAGAAAAGUCGAUGCUGGGGAAAGGAAGGAACAUUUGCAUACUGACAUUUUCAAAGGGGGUUCUGAAUUGGAGAACAACUGCCCAGAAACCAAGAAAGAGCGAGCUUUUGAAAAAGUAUCUCAAGAAGACGCCAUCCCACGAACCCAAGUAGAAAAGAGGAAGAGGAGCCUGUAUUUUUCCAGCAAAUACAACAAAGGAGCACUUAGCCCCCCGCGACGCAAAGCCUUUAAGAAGUGGACGCCUCCUCGGUCACCUUUCAAUCUCGUCCAGGAAACACUUUUUCACGAUCCAUGGAAGCUCCUCAUCGCAACUAUAUUUCUCAAUCGGACCUCAGGCAAAAUGGCCAUCCCUGUGCUUUGGGAGUUCCUGGAGAAGUACCCUUCAGCUGAGGUGGCGAGAGCUGCAGACUGGAGGGAAGUGUCAGAGAUUCUUAAACCUCUCGGUCUCUACGAUCUUCGAGCAAAAACCAUCAUCCGGUUUUCAGAUGAGUAUCUGACAAAGCAGUGGAGGUAUCCCAUUGAGCUGCACGGGAUCGGCAAAUACGGCAACGACUCUUACCGCAUUUUCUGCGUCAACGAGUGGAAGCAGGUGCACCCUGAAGACCACAAGUUAAAUAAAUACCAUGACUGGCUUUGGGAAAACUAUGAAAAAUUAAGUCUGUCUUAAAACGAUUUGAAGUUUUUCAGACUCAUCUCUUACGCUUUGCUUUGCACUUUAGUCCUGAAGAACUCCAUUAAGCACAACGCACCACCUUUUUAAGCAAUGUAGAUUUUAAUUGUCCCAACUAAAAGUGUUUUAUUAAUGUGUGUGCCACUAAUGGAUUUUAGUUACUGGGUGUGCUAGAACAUGGUUUUUUUUUUUUUUUUUCCUUAGAUUUUUGAUACAGAGAGCAUGUACUCACCAGGGAGACAG